UUAGAGAAGCAAUUUCAGCCAGAGAACGCUUAGGAAUAACUUUAAGGUACAUUUUAUAUGAUUAGAGCUAAUGACUGACUAGCUUAAUCUGUUUUAAUUGGUUUAAAAAGUUCAUUUUAUCAUGUAUUUUUUCAGAUUUUUAGCAUCAGGGGAAACGUACAGAAGUUUGUCAUUUGCCUUUAGAGUUGGCAGACAAACAAUAGCAAAAAUUGUUCCAGAAACUUGCCAUGCUCUUUGGACUCACUUAAAAUCAGACUGCAUGCAAUUUCCCUCAACACCAAAUGAAUGGAAAGGUAUUGCAGAAAAUUUUUUAAAAGCUUGGCAAUUGCUACAUUGCUGCGGUAGCAUUGAUGAAAAACAUGUGUUGAUGGUUUGUCCAAAAAAUAGUGGAAGUUUAAACUUUAAUUACAAAGGAACAUUUAGUAAUGUGUUGCUAGCAGUGGCAGAUGCCAAUCAUAAAUUUUUGUAUAUAGACUAUGGACACUAUGGAAGCGAGAGUGAUGGAGGAAUAUUUAGAAAAGUUCAGUUUGGCCAAAUGAUGGAAACCUGCAGAUUAAACUUGCCUAAUGAUGAUUACUUGCCAAAUUCUGAAAUUAUGUUUCCUUUUUAUUUCAUUGGUGAUGAAGCUUUCCCACUAAAAAGAAAUUUGAUGCGACCAUAUCCCAGAUGCUCAGCUAUUAGCUGAUCACAACGAGUCUAUAACUAUAGACUGUGUCGUGCUCAUCGAGUAGUGGAAAAUGCUUUUGGCAUUUUAAGUUCUCGUUUUUGAAUCU